UCCUUCAUUUGGGGGUAUAAAAUCCAGCCGGCGCUCGUAGCUAGGGUUUCUGGAUUAGUGUUUGAUCGAAAUCGGGCGGGCAUCUCUGAGAUCUCCAACCAAAAUGCCAAAGCAGAUACAUGAGAUCAAGGAUUUCCUUCUCACAGCAAGAAGGAAAGAUGCUCGCUCAGUAAAGAUCAAGAGGAGCAAAGAUGUUGUCAAGUUCAAGGUUCGAUGCUCCAAAUAUCUGUACACACUCUGUGUGUUUGAUCCAGAGAAGGCUGACAAGCUGAAGCAGUCUCUUCCUCCUGGUUUGAGUGUUCAAGAUCUGUGAAGAAGGAACUUGCUGAUUAUUUUAUUAAUUGAGAAUUUCCGAGACUCCUUGCAGCUUGUUAUUUUGGUUUUAGCAGCAUAAUGUGUUCUAUUUUGUGCUUUAGGUCUUGAGAUUACCCUCUUAUUUUGUAUCGCAACAAAGUUUUGUGUUACCUGAUUUUUGGUGACAUUAGCAAUCAAUUUGAGUAGAUUUUGAACUCUAAA